AUGGCAUCUAAUUAUUGGUGGUCCUCGGGUUCUUCGGACGAAGAGGAGAUGUUUUUCGCAAACGCUGUGGUAAAGGCGACGCAGAUUCUUAUGGAGGAGGAAGAGGAAGAGGAAGACGUCUCGUCUGAAAGCGUUAUUACCAGACGAAUACGGAUUAACAGAGACCGCCAAGGAGCGCAUGAGAAAUUGGUGAACGGUUAUUUUUCGGAUGCACCCCUUUACAAUGCCGACAUUUUCAGACGAAGGUUCCGAAUGAGUCGCCGGUUAUUCACACGGAUUGCUGAUGAUUUGGCGGGGCUAGACCCGUUUUUCACGCAACGACCCGAUGCUCGGAAUUAUGAAGGGUUCACCACGUUACAAAAGUGUAUUGCGGCCAUUCGCCAACUCGCGUACGGGACAGUGGCCGACGCUUUGGACGAAUCAUCGGUACCCUCGGAUAGAAGUGAUGCUCAGUGCGUUGCAGGGUUGGGUUUCAAAAGCUGA